UCUUCAGCGGUGGCGCCACCACACCACAACACACCACGAUUUGUUAAAACGUUAGAUUUUAAACCGUUUUCUCGCGAUUUCAAUUAAAAAUAUCGUCUAAAAUGUAACCGUUUUCAAAAAAUUUUUCCGAUCGACGACCCAUCGAACGGCCUUCGCCCCCGGCAUGCGUGCCCGUUCGAUGAAAUAACGCGUUUCCGCGAAAGUGUUUGGCGGGCUUUGGUAAACAGUUGUGCUAAUGGCUGAAGGUGUUCGCUCACGUCUCCAACGAUUUCAACCCGUUUAAACACUAAAACAAGGGGACCGUCUAAUUUUACUUAAAGAAUGAGUUUAUCGGGGAAUGUUCGCGUCAAGCGUAAAGAGACGGCGAACGAAGAAUCCGUCGUCGUGCCAGAUUCGACGACGAUCGUUGAAAAAGACGCCACUUCCUCGAAAUGGGACUUCGCCCCUGGACAAGACGUUCUGCUCAAACAGAAGGAUGGUCGAUUUUAUUUGGGUACCAUAGUUGAGGUGGAUCCCAUUAGGGAACAAUGUUUGGUUAAAUUUGGCGACGACACGGAUAGUUGGAGUGGAUUCAAGGAUCUGACGAAACUGAGCGCUCCCGAACAAGAAGUUUUAUGCGUCAUUUGUAAAAAAUCCGCCCCAAAGAACAAGCAUGAGGUGACUGUUUGCGAUAAAUGUGGUAGGGGUUAUCAUCAGAAGUGUCAUCAACCAGAAAUACCUAAUAUUUGUCAGAAGGAAGGUGGUGGAUGGGUUUGUCGAAGGUGUAUUCAACAGGAACCAUUGUUACGUCAACGCCGUCCUGCUGAUUUUAAAGGUCAGCAGCAAAGAAGGGAUUCUGUUAGAAAAAUUUGUUCCAAUUCUGAAACUAUUAGAAAAACAUUGCCUUAUAAUAUUGAUGAUUUAACUUGGGACACAUAUCAUAGAGUGAAUUCCGAGCAACUGUAUUGUUACUGUGGCUCUAAUGGCGAGUGGUAUACGCAAAUGUUACAAUGUGGCCGCUGUAGACAGUGGUUUCAUGAGCGAUGCAUUGGCCCUUGCCUCCAAUAUCCAUUGUACUGUGGUGAUCGUUUUUACGUCUUCGUCUGUUCCGUUUGCAAUCAAGGCGUGGAAUUUUUGCGACGUUUGGAAUUGAAAUGGGUCGACCUGGUGCAUUUGAUGCUUUUCAAUCUUACCGCUUAUAACAGCAAGAAGUAUUAUGAUUUAGACACCAUUAUUGUGCCAUAUAUUAAUGAUAAUUGGCAUGCUUUACAAUUACCACCAAAGAUUUUUAACGUGUCAAAGUGUGAAAGAAGAGAAAACAUCUUAUCCGUCUUAACCAAUAAUCGGAAUCGAUUCAAAUGUGGCCGGGAAAUUAAAAAACGGACAACGAUCUGGGGCCUUAGGAUAAGACUUCCACCGCCUGCACCCUGCGUAACACUCCCAUUAAACGGUCCGAUCGUCGAAGACGACCUAAGGGAGCGGUGGCAGGGUAACCGACGGCUGCAAUUCCUACCUACGCAACAGAUCCAGUCCACCGCUCAACGAAUCGUCCCUACAGAUAACCAAAUGUUGAACGUUAUGAAAGGCUUAGCGUACCAACAAGAUGGCAACGGAAUCCAAAGCGAAACAGAAUCGCCUUGUCCUAGCCCGGAUGAAAGUCCUCUCGAUACAAAAUUAUUCAAAGUCGAGUACGGGGGUGGUUGCGCCAAACGAAGCGUUCCGUUUCCAAAGACGACAGCUUCGCUUAGUAAACAAAAGAAAAGGAUGAUUGCGCGCGAUAAAAUGUUGAGGCGACAACAGAGGAGAAAAAACGACGGAAAACGAAAGACGAGAACGUUAAGCUUUGGGGCAAGCGGAGAAAGCGGUGGUGGAGGCAAGAGAAGAGGAAACGAAGUGUUGCCUUUAACGCCUCCUACAUCGGUUUCAGCACCGCCAACACCCCCAGCGGGGUCUUCGUUGUUUCUCGAUUCAGAUUUCGCCGAAAUGGGGGUUCUAUCAACAUCGAAACGGGAUAAAAAGAAUUUGAUUAGUAGUUUAGAUACGCCUUGUGAUACUUCCGGUGAUGAGACGUCGUCGAAAAGUACUUUGGAUUUGAUUAUUCCGCCCCCAAAAGAUUUUGAAGGUAAAAACAAUCCAUUUUUAACCUUAAUGAAAACUUGCGAAACUGUCGGUAAAAAACGUCGGAGUAGAGAUAUAACACUCCCGUUACCGCUAACCGCGGUAAUUCCCGUCGUACGCACGAUGAAACGUCAACUAAGCGAAAAAGAUAUAUGCAUUGGUCCAAACGGCGAAGUAAAACGACGCCGUUUACGACGAAAUCGAGCCGUCAACGCCGCCAUCCCAAUCUAUCAAACCGCUAGUAAAACCGCCACCGUUCUGCCCGUACGCACAGACGCCAAAGAAUGGGGCCAACGCAACUUACGAUCCGUCAACAAUCAACCACAAACAACAACGACCGCCGGAAGCGGAAAUUCGCCUCAAUCGAUGUCCAAUUGCGUUGAUUACGCUUUGAACGGCCGUCGACAGUUGCGGCAACGUCAACAAGAUCGGACGAACGUCGAAAAGGAUAAGAUUAUGAUGCCGUCGUCCAACACGUCAGUAUCAAAUCCAUCUACGCCAAAGCCGAGUCCCGUUAAACAGGAAUCAGAUAUCAGUAUGGACGAUUUGAAGAGUUCGGUGAAUAGUUAUUUUGGCGCGGGAACGCGGAUCGCCGCUGGCGAACGGUUCAAUGUGAAAGCGAAGCGAAUCGGACCAACAGGGAAAAUGGAAUAUUUAAUUGAGUGGGAGGGACCUGGUAAUGGGAUGACUUGAUUUCGAAUUAAGAUCGGUUCCUAAUAAUAGAGAAAACGUAAGAAUGAAAUAAGUGAGAAAAAGGGAUGAAUGAAGAAAGGCGAGGAGAAGAAGAAUGAAGAUUGUUGUGAUAUAUUACUUGAAAUCGCGCUUUUGGAAUUUUAGACGGUGAGUAGUUUUUUUUGUUUCCGUUUUUUUAUAAUGGAACCACAAAUCGUUGAUUACUAUUGAAUACCAUUCAGGAUACACCAUACAAAAAAAAUAUAAAUAAAACCUGUUAUAUAGUUUUUUAUACACAAUAAUAAUAAUCAUAAAUGAUAAUAAAAACAAAUUAAACGGCGUGUGAGUUAAAUUAAACAAGGUUAAUUAUUAUUGAAGUGAGGCUGUAAGAAAUAUUUACGAAUCACAAAGGCGAUUUAUUGGUUGGUGGCUUUAUUUUGGAAUUUUCGUUUAUAUUUUUAACAAUUUAUCAUUUUAAUUUUCUAACCGGCCUUAAAAAAAUAUCUUUCUACAUUUUAUUACAAUCUAACUUGUUGAUAACUUGUUCAUUUAUAAACGAAAAUUUAAGUGGCUUAUUUUAAGGUGUCUUAUGAACGUUAUUUUGUUAUAAUUUCGUUAUAAGUUGUUAAGAGCCUAAGGGAAAAGGAUGAUUUAAAAAGAAAUAUACAAGGUGUUUAAAAAAAGAUGCAAAUGUUUUCUAGGUAAUUUAAUUUUUAAUUUGGAUACAAUUAUUGUAAUCCUAAGCAAUUUUCGCGAAACUGCCAAAUAAUCCAAUAUAAUGAAAAACACUGCCACGGUUUUUUUAUUUAUUUAAUUUAAAAAGAGAAAUGUAUAAAUCUUUUAUGAAAUCUUAGAAAGAUGAUUUUUUUUUCUGUUUGUAAAAAAAACUAGUGUAAUUUUAUUUUUUAAUUUAUCGAAACUAUUAACUUUAUUCGACUGUCCUUUAGUGUUCAUUGUUUAAAAUAAUUAACGACGCGUCAAAGUUAUACAAAAAAAUGAUUUUGUCAAAGAAAUCUAUAUUAAGCAAGAAAAAAAAAACUAAUUGCAAAAGAAGAAACGUAAUAAGCGUAUAAAAUUGUUGUGAUAUACUAUUUACUUUCGUUUUAUUAUUAUUUUUUUACAAUAACCGUCGUAGUAAAAAAACGAUUUUAUUAUUAUUUAUAACAAGAAGAGACUGACGUCUAUCUGUAAACAAAUAGACCGUUUUAACUUCGUUUUUACUUCACUAUAUUCCCGUUGUUUAUAUUAUAUAUAUACUAUAUUUUUUUGCUUCAUACUUCUUCAAAAAAAAAACAAAAAAAAUUAAUGUUCUGUAAAUAUAUCUAUUAUUUUAUUGUGUUAGGUACCCAAAAAAAGCAAACAAAGGAUUGUUUUGAAUCCAAAUUUGUAUUUUUAUUGUCCGUUAAGUAAAAAUAAAGCAAAUCUCUGGUACAAAAAAAUUUUAUUUGUCU